UCCGGGGAUGAUAAAAUGUUUCUUAAUAUCCCAGUGGCUUGCUGCAGCACUCGCGGCUCAUCUCUCCUCUCCAUGCUGACCUGAACGUCACCCUGCACGAACUAUCACAAUCCCAGCACGUUAAAAUACCUGCCUUCCGUUUCCACUAUACUCCUUCCGUUUUAACUUUCUCUCACACAGCAUACAUUCUUCUCUUACACGCAUAUAUUUGACCUAUGCAACAAACGCACCCUUUUUCCAAGGCGGGCUAAUUAAACUGAUGUUCUGUCCACUGUGGGUGUGCUGUGCUGCUGCUAGACGUGGCUCCUUUGCUAGCUUGCUUCUGGGUUUUUAUGAAAAUACUUAUACAAAUAAAGUAUAAAUUCGGUCAGUGCUGUUGUUUUGAGAUAGCUUGGUGGAGGGUGGGUGUUUGUGCUGCACGCUGACCAGAUUUAGCAGCUCUGUUUGUUAACUGUCGGCCAUAUUAGGCACAGGCCUCAAACACAGACUCCAAGCCUGAAGCUUCAAGAGUUUGACGUCUUCCGGACCACCCAGACUCCGUCAGACAAGUUUCACCGAUGGGCAGAACAUCACUGCUUCACUUCUACAAGCUAAGUGACAGCGUGACGGUGGCAGACUGAGCACAGGGAUGUGAGCAGACCAGUAAAGAUGACCCUGUUGGCGGGUGAUGGCUCCGACUAUGACUACAGCGCCCUGAGCUGCGCCUCUGACACCUCCCUCAACGAGCGUCCCCCACCAGAGGAGGAGGCUCAAAAGGGAGCCUUCUACCAGAGGGCGCAGCAAGCCCCCGAUCUCAGCACCGUCCAUGAUGACACACAACUGUCCAGCGCCCGUAAACUCCACGCCAUCAUCAAUGUGGGUGGCCUGCGUUACCAGCUGCCUUGGACCACCUUAGAGGAUUUCCCCCUUUCUCGGCUGGGCCAGCUGCACCUCUGCAGCACCUUUGACGAGAUCAUGCGCAUCUGUGACGACUAUGAUGUUACACACAACGAGUUCUUCUUCGACCGCAGCCCCUGUGCCUUCCGCACCAUCCUGACCUUCCUGCGGGCGGGUAAGCUGCGGUCCCUCAGGGAGAUGUGCGCCCUCUCCUUCAGGGAGGAGCUGCUCUACUGGGGCGUACCCGAGGAGAACCUGGAGUGGUGCUGUCGCCGGCGUCUGCUGCAGCGCGUGGAGGAGUUUGAAGCCAUGGAGAGGGCGGAGGAGGAGGAGCAACUCCUGGAGGAUCUGCUGGAUUCAGACAGUGGCCACAGGGAGCACGCAGCAGAGUCCAGACUCAGUCGGUGCAUGGGCAAGCUGAGGGACAUGGUGGAGAGGCCUCACUCAGGCCUCCCCGGGAAGAUCUUCGCUUGUUUGUCUGUGUUGUUUGUCACCAUCACUGCCGUCAACCUGUCCAUCAGCACCAUGCCUGCCAUGAGGGAGGAGGAGGAGGCGGGCACAUGUUCCCAGAUGUGCUACAACAUCUUCAUAGUGGAGACGGUGUGCGUGGCCUGGUUCUCCCUGGAGUUCACCCUGCGCUUCAUUCAAGACCGCAGCAAGCUGACCUUCCUCAGACAGCCGCUCAACCUGAUCGACGUGGUGGCCAUCCUGCCGUACUACAUCACCCUGUUGGUGGACAGCACCUCCAAGGGGGAGAAGCGGCUGGGCUCUGGCAGCAGCUACUUAGACAAAGUGGGCUUGGUGCUGCGCGUCCUCAGAGCCCUGCGGAUCCUCUAUGUGAUGCGGCUGGCUCGCCAUUCGCUGGGCCUGCAGACUCUGGGCCUGACAGCACGCCGCUGCACACGGGAGUUUGGACUGCUCCUCCUCUUCCUGUGCGUGGCCAUCGCACUCUAUUCCCCCUUGCUGUACUUGAUUGAGAACGAAAUGGCCAACACGCAGGAGUUCACCAGCAUCCCCGCGACCUACUGGUGGGCUGUCAUCACCAUGACCACGGUGGGCUACGGGGACAUGGUGCCGAGGAGCAUCCCGGGCCAGGUGGUGGCUCUGAGCAGCAUCCUGAGCGGGAUCCUUCUCAUGGCCUUCCCCGUCACCUCCAUCUUCCACACCUUCUCGCGGUCCUACGUGGAGCUGAAGCAGGAGCAGCAGAGGCUGCUGCAGAGGAGGACACACUUUCUGCUGCGGAGCCGCAUGGCCGGCCUGGGCAGCAACCUCUCCUUAGAGAGUGACAUGCUCUUCCCUAUAGGGUCUGACACCAGAGACUUGGACGACUGAGACCGCUGAACAGGGAAGGGCCUGAAAACUGGGAAGAGGACAGAAAAACAAUGAGAGGGAGGUGUUGAAAAGACUGAAAAUGUAAAGAGAGA